AUGCUCUGCUGCAAGCCUGCCAAGAAAAAGGACAACGAUGACAAUGAUGGUGACGACGACGACGAGAGCACAGAUAACAGCAAGGGCAAAGAGCGUAGCAAAAAGACCGGCAAGUCGGAUGAAAACGGUACCGGCAUCGGGGUUGGCAAAUCACGAGGAAUCCGCUUUCCUGGAGCCGUGAUCGUCGGCGCGAGCAAGCCGAUCCAGAUUAACCUUAACAUUCCAGGUCUAAGUUAUGCAGGAGGUGAAAAGGAGGACCCAUUCAGAAUGCUGGAGGACGCAACACCCUCAAACUUUUACGAGUCUUCCGACUAG